AUGAGCAGCCGUACGAAAUUUAAAAAAGCAGGCACAGGCCGCAAAGAACCAUCGGCACCAAAGAUCGUCGACGAACGUCAGCUACUUGCCGCUAAAUUCGAUAAAAUCAAAGAAAGCGACCAUCUCGACGCCAGGCUAGGAUUCUCCAGAUUUGAGGAGGGAGGAGCGCGGGAGGCGUGGCUGGUGAAUAUGCACCCCACGCUCAUCGAAGAUGACGACUACAUUGGUGGAAAAGCAGCCGUUGACUUUUACUUCCUCGAGGACGAUGGCGGAAUGUUUAAAUCUACGAUAACCUACGAGCCUUAUUUCUAUUUAUCUUGCAAGCCAGGCACAGAAGCUGCUGUCGAAGAAUGGCUUUUACGGCGGUUUGAAUCGCUUAUCUAUAAGAUUGAACGCAUUUACAAGGACGAUCUUAAGGCACCCAACCACCUCCUCAGCCUCCCGAAAGUUUAUCUACAGCUUAAAUUCAGGAACGUUCAAGACCUCCUCACCAUUCGCAGAGAAGUUCUCCCGCUUGCUCAAUCAAAUGCCGAGAAGAGAUCUGCCGUCGAUGCGUACGCUGACGUCGUCGCUUCUGCUGACCAAGAUAUCACCCUUGAAAACUCCGGAAACGACGCUAAAAGCAAAGAAGAUCCCUCGCAGUUAAUCGUAGACGCACGCGAGUAUGACGUACCAUAUUACUUACGCGUUGCAACUGAUUUAGGUAUACGAGUUGGUAUGUGGUACACCGUCUCAGCAAGCGAGGGCAAAAUAAAACUGGAAAAAGUUGAACACCGUGUUAAGCGCGCUGAACCAGUCGUCAUGGCGUAUGAUAUUGAAACGUGUAAGGCGCCUCUUAAGUUCCCAGACAGCGCCGUCGAUCCCAUCAUGAUGAUCUCUUAUAUGGUAGACGGCCAGGGAUACCUCAUCACCAACCGCGAAAUUGUCUCUGAAGACAUCCACGAUUUCGACUACACUCCCAAAGACGAGUACGAUGGCCCUUUCUCAAUCUUCAACGAGCCCGAUGAGGCUGGUGUCUUGAAACGCUUCUUCGAGCACAUCAGACAGGUUCAACCCACCGUCAUGGCUACUUACAACGGUGAUUUCUUCGAUUUUCCUUACGUCGAUGCUCGCGCCACUGCAAAUGGUUUGAGUCUCUACGCCGAGACAGGUUUCGAGAGGGACAAUGAGGAUGAGUAUAAAAGUGCAACUUGUUCACACAUGGAUUGUUUCAGAUGGGUGAAGCGGGAUUCCUAUCUCCCCCAGGGUAGUCACGGUCUCAAAGCUGUCACUGUUGCCAAACUCGGCUACAACCCCAUUGAACUUGAUCCAGAGCUCAUGACACCAUACGCCAUUGAGCAGCCGCAAGUGCUCGCUCAGUAUUCGGUGUCUGACGCCGUAGCUACUUACUACCUCUACAUGAAAUAUAUCCAUCCUUUCGUCUUCUCCCUCUGCAACAUUAUACCUCUCAACCCCGACGAUGUCCUUCGCAAGGGUUCUGGCACGCUCUGUGAAACUCUGCUCAUGGUCGAGGCUUACAGUGCUGGCGUCAUAAUGCCCAACAGACACGUCGACCCACAAGGCAGUAUGUAUGAAGGACAUCUGCUGUCGUCAGAGACUUAUGUCGGUGGUCACGUCGAAGCGUUGGAAGCUGGUGUGUUCAGGAAUGACAUAGCUACUGAUUUCAAGAUUGUCCCCAAGGCUAUUCAGCAGCUCAUUGAUGACCUCGACAACGCACUCCAGUUCUCCAUUGUCGUCGAGGAGAAGAAGAGGUUGGAGGAUGUGGAGAAUUACGAGCAAGUCAAGAAUGAGAUCAAGGGGGUUUUGGAGAAUCUUCGUGAUAAUCCCGUCAGACAAGAUCCACCGUUGAUCUACCAUCUUGACGUUGCUGCCAUGUAUCCGAAUAUCAUGUUGUCAAACAGGCUACAGCCAGAUGCCGUGGUUGAUGAGGGAAUGUGCGCAGCAUGUGACUACAACACCCCCGAUAAGCAGUGUGAUAGGCGUUUGACAUGGGCUUGGCGUGGUGAAUUUUUCCCUGCAAAGCGAGAUGAGUACAAUAUGAUUAGACACGCACUCGAAUCGGAGUCUUUCCCUGGUCGUCAGAUAGGUGCGCCCAAGAGACGCUUUGUCGAGCUCUCGCCUACUGAACAGUCCGCUCUAAUACAGAAGCGUCUUGGGGAUUACUCGAGGAAGGUUUAUCGCAAAACACACGAUACCAAAAUCAUCAACCGUGAAGCUAUAAUCUGUCAGCGCGAAAACCCGUUCUACAUUGACACAGUUAGGGCGUUUCGCGAUAGACGGUAUGAGUACAAAGGUUUUCACAAGCAGUGGAAAGGUAAAUUAGACAAUGCAAAUGAAGAGGGCAGUUUGUCUGCCUCAGUUGAGGCUAAGAAUAUGAUAACUCUUUACGACUCCCUUCAACUCGCCCACAAGUGCAUUCUUAACUCUUUCUACGGUUAUGUCAUGCGUAAAGGUGCGAGAUGGUAUUCUAUGGAGAUGGCAGGUAUAACUUGCUUGACUGGUGCGACUAUCAUCCAGAUGGCUCGUCAGCUCGUCGAACAGAUUGGCAGACCGCUUGAAUUAGAUACUGACGGUAUUUGGUGUAUGCUUCCAGGCUGCUUUCCUGAAAACUUUAAAUUCACUCUUAAGGGCGGCAAAACCAUGGGCUUCUCUUACCCAUGUGUUAUGCUUAAUCACCUUGUCCACGGAAAAUUCACCAACGACCAAUACCACACUCUCACCAACAAGGACAAAGGGGAGUAUGAAAUGCAUUCGGAGAAUAGUAUUUUCUUCGAAUUGGAUGGACCAUAUCGUGCGAUGAUCUUACCUGCCUCCAAAGAAGAAGAUAAGCUGCUGAAGAAGCGAUACGCGGUGUUCGAAGAGGACGGUUCUUUAGCAGAAUUAAAGGGAUUCGAAGUGAAGCGCAGGGGUGAACUGCAGCUCAUCAAAUUCUUCCAAAGCGAAAUUUUCAGUAAAUUUUUGUUAGGAUCGACGACAAAGGAGUGCUACGAUGCUGUCGCCAAAGUUGCGGACCAAUGGCUGGAUAUUCUCUUCGGUAAAGGUUCCACUUUAUCUGAUGAGGAGCUAGUUGAACUGAUUUCCGAGAAUCGAUCAAUGAGUAAAACACUUGCCGAGUACGAGGGUCAGAAAUCCACCUCCAUAUCAACAGCUCGCAGACUUGCAGAGUUCUUGGGUGAGCAGAUGGUCAAAGAUAAGGGUCUUAGUUGUCGAUACAUUAUUUCUGCCAAACCAUUCGGUGCUCCUGUUACUGAAAGAGCUGUACCGGUUACCAUCUUCACUGCUGAACAGUCUAUCAAAUCUCACUAUCUGCGUAAAUGGCUGAAGGAUAACAGUCUGACUGACUUUGAUAUUAGAAGCAUUCUCGAUUGGGAUUACUAUAUUGAGAGAUUCGGUUCAGUUGUUCAAAAAAUUAUCACUAUUCCAGCAGCCCUGCAGAAGAUACCCAACCCAGUCCCACGCAUCGCUCACCCGGAUUGGCUCUACAAGAGAAUAGCGAAUUCGGAUGACAAAUUCAGACAGCACAAGCUGACUGAUAUGUUCGAGAAGCAGAGAGAGGUUAACCAGGACAUGGAGGACUUGGGCAUCGGUCCAUCUGUCAAUGGCAAACCGAAGCAGGCAGCAGUGCGCAAGAAAAACCGUCAGCAGCUCGAGGAGGAAGAGUAUGAGAGAGUCAUGUCCAUCCCUGUCCCAGAUGCCGAUGAGGAUUACAGUGCAUUCAUUAGAGUAAUGCGUAAGCGUUGGAAGUUGCAGAGGGCAUAUAAGAGGAAGCAUGGAUCGAAGGCUUCGAGGAAUCAAGCAGGCGUUUCGCGUCAGACUGCUCUUGGUAUGUUCCAAGACCGCUCUGUUGGAUUUAGUGGGAGUGCUUGGGAUAUAGUGCAAAUCUAUCCCUCCGUUAGACCUGGUGAAUUCAGGUUGUGGUUAAGCCUUGGCGGUAAUUUCCAACAAGUCCGCUUGAGGAUACCGAGGGAGUUCUAUCUCAACCUCAAAAAUGCACCUGGUGAAGGUGAAUUUGCGGAAGAGUAUAUGGCUGAGAGGGUCUUGACUGUCCCUGAGCGACUCUACGUCGACAAUGAGUCUCACUUCAAGAAUCUGACGAGUAACAUAAAUGUUGACAGUGUCUACGAGAUGCAGGUACCACUUAUUGAUCGUGCGUUGAUCAGGCUGGGAUCAAAGUGCGCACUUUCGAAAGCAUCAACUGGUGGACUAAGCAAGGGUCUUGACCGCGGUUUCGAAUUAGUGGAGCUCUCCAAUGCAGCUCAAAAUUCUAAAACCUAUCUGCAAAACUUCAACCAGCUGCGGUACAUCUACAUGUUCCACGCUUACGUAGAUCGCCGCCACAUAUAUAGUGUCUUCUCUCCAGAUGGUGAAUGCAAGAUAUUUAUUGUGGAUUCAUCCAGUAGGACGCGUCCACAGCUGCCAAAUUUGGACAAGGUCUAUGGACAGAGUUAUGAAAGUUAUCUAUCCCGUAAAUCUGAGGAGAACGACGAGGCAUUUGAGUAUAGUUCUGAAAUGUCUUUUGAAGUUACUUUCCACGGUGGCGAACAGUCUGCUGUCAAGAACAUGUUCAGAUAUCUCAAUACCCUUGGUGGUCAGAGGCAAGGUCCUACAAUUGUUGUCCUAAACUCGCCCCAAUCGCAAUCCUACUUCUCUCAAUUUGGUGACGGACUAAACAAUUACCCUGUCAUUGCAGUGCCCACGUCCCGCAAAGAUUUGAGUAUCGACGAGAGUCUGAUGUGGCUGCCGAAGAUAUCUAAGAGGAUGAUUGGUAUGUACUUCCGUAUGUCGGCUUGGAUUCACGAGAGGAUCGGGCUGGCUAAGCAUUAUGACGUCCCUGUUGGUAACAUAGAGAGGGACGCCCCUAUACAGCUGUCUGACAUAUCGUUUGCUAGGCGAUUAAUUAAAAGUGAUAUCCUACUUUGGUGGUCUCAUUCGUCGAAGCCUGAUCUCGGUGGACGUGAACAGGAUGUGCCUCCUCAACAAUUUGCAGACGAAGGCGGUGGGCCUGAAGAGUUCUCAAACCCUGGCACAUUUUCAAACGUCGUACUUGAAGUUGAGUUGCGAGAUAUUGCCGUCAACUCUAUCCUUCAGUCGUCGCUUGUAAAUGAGAUGGAAGGUGCAGGAUCUGCAGCUACUGUCUUUGACAGUACAUCACACACCAUAGAUGAGUAUACAAAAGGGCAGGCCAAAGCUUCUGUCACGUUGGGAGAGGCUGUCGUGUCAUCGCAGGUCUUCUCCAUUCUCAAGUCGAUGGUCAAAAGCUGGUAUCUAGAUAAGGCAAAGUCAGCUGACGGACAGAGUGCAUUUGGACAUUUAUUGGUUGAUCAUUUGCUCAGGUGGAUCUCUUCACCAGUGUCACGACUCUUCGAUCCAGGUAUUCAUCGCUUCCUGCGAGGACUAAUGAAGAAAGUAUUCUUGCAGCUUUUAGCGGAAAUCAAGAGACUUGGUUCAGGUAUAGUUUAUGCGGACUUUGGACGAAUUUUCAUCCUCACAUCGAAACCAACUGCUGGCUCAGCUGCCGCGUACGCACAGUACAUUCUCUCGGCUACAACCUCGGCUGAAUUGUUCAAGCACAUUACACUUACGACGGUAAACUUCUGGGACUAUCUGGUGUGGAUGGAUCUGUCCAAUUUCGGUGGUGUCGUCAAUCACGCUCCAAAUUCAUCCUCUCCGCCUGAGGAGUUCCAUGUCGAUAUGAAGUGGAACGUCCCACAGUAUCUCCCACCAGCUUUGCAAAACUACUUUGAUAUAGUCAUAGCUGAGUAUAUCUACGCCAUGUAUUCUGAGAAACGCAAGAUGGGUCUACAAUACAGAAAACCACUGCGAGCGAUCGCUAACGAAGGAGGCGAGGUUGCGGUUGAUGAUUACAAAAAGCAAGAAAUAGACUUUGAGAGGAAUUUGAUCACGCGUGUGAUCACUAGGAGACUACUCAAGAUAGUCACCGAGAUGUCUCGCAAACAGUCGGAAGCGGCGACGGAGUUGGCGAGCGGUGUGGAAGACAACGAAGAGGCCAACAUGUUUAUCUUCCCUCUCCUUCCAGGCUCACAGGGUAAUAUGAAGAACCCAACGUUGGAAUUUGUUAAGAGUGUGUGCACUGUGUUAGGGUUGUCUAGAGAUGUUGCUAUUGAGGUGACAGUACUGAAACGCAACCUGCUGGAUAUAUUGAAAGUACGAGAAUUCUCCGAGGAUGCCCAAUUCAAGCCGCCUUGUGAAAGCUUUAAGGUGACAGGUGUGGUGUGCAAAGCAUGUACAUUUGUUCAGGAUCUCGACCUCGUGCGUGAUGUAGAGCUUCUUGAAGAAGAAUGGCCAUGUGCUUCCUGCGGUCGCUCACAGGACAAGAUGGAGGUGGAGCUGUCACUGUUAGGUGUUGUAGACAAGCUGGUUGCUGGGUUCGCCGUGCAAGAUCUCAAAUGCUCCAAGUGUGGCACGAUUAGUGGGUGCUGA